UGGUGGCUGACGAGCAAAACCUGCCGACUCCGGUCGCCUGGUGCUUGCGCAGCUCCUCACGCACAGGCUGCUGCGGCCGCUCAGCUCCCACCCGCCAGAGUUUUCCAGUUCCAGGGCUGACCACCUUAAAGCCACCUCGUAUGUGCCGGCAGGAAGCGGAGUCACGCCUUCGGCUAGCAUUUUUUUUUUUUUUCCCUAAAGUACUAAAUAUAGAUUCCCGGCCACAUGCAUACCGCAGGGCACUGGGGACUCGCCCUCCCUUCUUGAAAGCGUCACCUGAGAACACACCCCCUGGCCUCGGUUUUGCGGGGUCCCUGCGCCAAGAUGGCGCCCUGCCUUCACAGGCAAAGAAAGGCGCCUCGCCCCGAAUCUCCCCCAAAAGCGGGGUGUCCCUCGGUGCCACACUCCCACGUCCUCGCAUCCCCCACUGCCCGCGACACCCUCGCAACCUCCCCAAGCUCCCCCGCCCCGAGCUCUCGCAGCACGCAGGCGCGGCAGCGCCGGCGCCCCGCCCCACGGGAGGACUACACUUCCCAGCACGCACGUUCGGCGCGGGGAAGGGCGGCGUGGCAGGAAGGCGGGCGGGCAGGGGAUUGGGGUGCUCGGAGCAGCACCCCGGCACGGAGCGGGGCGCGAUGCAGGCGGAGGCGGGCGCGGGGGGCUCGGGAGACGGGCGGCCGCGCGCCCACCUGGCCGCGCUGGUGCUGGCGCGCGGCGGCAGCAAGGGGAUCCCGCUGAAGAACAUCAAGCUGCUGGCGGGGGUGCCGCUCAUCGGCUGGGUGCUGCGCGCCGCCUGCGACGCUGGGGUCUUCCACAGUGUAUGGGUUUCUACAGACCAUGAUGAAAUUGAGAAGGUUGCAAAGCAGUUUGGUGCUCAAGUUCAUCGCAGAAGCCCUGAAGUUUCUCAAGACUCCUCAACGUCUCUAGAAGCUAUCAGAGAGUUUCUUAAUCAGCAUCCUGAGGUUGAUAUUGUAGGAAAUAUUCAAGCAACAUCUCCCUGUUUACAUCCUAGUGAUCUUAUAAAAGUGGCAGAUCUGCUCCAGAAGGAGGGAUUUGAUUCUGUCUUCUCUGUUGUGAGACGGCACCAAUUUAGAUGGAGUGAGGUAAAAAAAGGAGAAAACAAGAUGACGGAGCCCCAAAAUCUGAAUCCAGCAAAACGAUACCGGAGGCAAGAUUGGCCUGGGGAGUUGUAUGAAAACGGCUCAUUUUAUUUUGCCAAGAGGCAUUUGAUUGAGAAAGGCUACUUGCAGGGUGGUAAAAUGGCCUACUAUGAAAUGCGUGCAGAGCACAGCGUGGAUAUUGAUAUAGACAUUGAUUGGCCUAUUGCAGAACAGCGAGUAUUGCGCUUUGGAUAUUUUGGCAGAGAGCCAUUAAAAGAGGUGAAGCUAUUGGUUUGCAGUAUUGAUGGAUGCCUGACAAAUGGUCGCAUUUACGUGACAGAAGAUCAGAAGCAAAUGGUUUCCUACGAUUAUAGAGAUAUUGUUGGUAUUGAUCUAUUAAAGAAAAGAGGAAUCCAGGUUCGACUUAUCUCUGAAAGAGAUUGUUCAAAAACACUGUCAGCCAUGCAGCUGGGAUGUGUAGCAAAGACUAGUGCAACAAAUAAAUUACAAGUCCUGGAAGACUGGCAAAAAGACAUGGGUUUGAGCUGGAAAGAAGUUGCUUACCUAGGAAAUGAAGAGUCUGAUGUGGAAUGCCUGAGGAAAGCUGGCAUGAGCGGUGUGCCUGCUGAUGCUUGUGUCGUUGCUCAGAAGGCUGCUGGGUAUAUUUGUAAAAGCAAUGGUGGCUGUGGAGCUGUCCGGGAGUUUGCUGAACACAUAUUCCUGUUGUUAGAAAAGGUGACCUCUGCAAGGAAGCAACUGGAAGAAAUAAAUUCAGCAGUAAAGGAAACGAGGAAAUGAGAUCAGCAGGAGGGGAAAUAAGGAUCUAAUGAAAAAAGAGUAACACGGUUGGCCAGUCCUGAUUUUCUUUUCUUCUCUCAGUAGGUCUGCAUCUCAAAGGGUGGCUCAUCUUUCAAGUUUUACAUUGCAGUAGAGUUAAAAAGAUAUUUCCCUCAAAUUUAUGGUCCCACUUUGACUAAGCGCUGAUAUUCACGAUUAUAUGCUGAUAAUCAUGAACAUAUUCAUGAUUAUUUUAAAAGCCAUUUAAGUGCAGUGGGAGGAAUGUUAUGAAAGGUAGUGUCCUGUACAUCCACCCUUAAUCAUUACAUGUGUCCUACAGGAAUGAUUUGUUUUUAUUUCCUAAUCUGAAUGUUUUCAGGGAUCAAUGAUUUUGCGUGACUUGACGAUUUGUAAUUCAGACUUUAAAAAAAAUACUCUGUCAGUGUUGCUCAUUUGGUUUUAAUUUCCUCUGUCAAAUGUCAACAUGAUAUUGUAGCUAUGUGGUUGAUUUUUACAGGAUUCAUCCCUAGUUAGUAAGAAUUCCAGCAUAUGCUGGAGAGGUCAGGUAUAAACUAACUAUGAAAAUUUUUCCUAUAUUUUUAAAAGACAAAUCAGUUACUGUAAGACCAGUUAAUAUUAGUUAAGAAAGGCACCUAAGCACUUGUUCAGUUUUAAGCUCAUAAAUAAUUAAAUGGCAUUUGGAAUCGUGCCUCUUAUCUUUGAAUCUGUUUAUACUGGGUUUUAUUGAAGUGCUUAAAUUAACAUACCCAAAUGCUUUGCCAAAUCUGGAGUUAAAUCUCCCAUUGACUUUGAGAUCUCUCCUUUGCAGAAACUCAGUUUCUUUCUGUGAAGGCUUUACUACAACCAUAAAUGAGUGAAAAAAAAAUCUUUAAUGUUUAUUGUAUGGAAAAGUUACUACUGUUUAAGGAAAAAAAAAAAUGUUGAUUGUAGGUUUAUAUAAAAUAUAUAUUCAGACUAUUUUUAGCAUGUUAAUUUAAAGCUGAUGUUUAUGUGUGUUUGUAUUUAUGGAAAAUACAAUUUUUACCAUGUUUUGUUUUAAAUAACUCAAUAUCCAUAAAAAUUGGUAGAACUGACACUAAAAAUAUGCAUCAGUUUUCAAUCAUAGUAUUGAUAAGUGAGUCAAGUUCUGCCUUGGGUUAUGCUAAAAAAUAAAAAAUCCUCAUGGUACACAGGCAAUUAUUACUGAGGUAAAUAAUAAAGACUUGUCAUUUUAUUUUGUUUCUCUGCUAAAUAGACAUUCUGAAUACAAUAUCACCUGAUAUUUUGCCCUCUGAUUACCAUUGUGUUUACUUUCUUUUAUGAAGCAAAAUUUUAAAUUGAAAUUCUUUUACUGCCUAUCUACAGUAGCAAGGUUAAGAGGGAAUUAGUUUACUAAUUAGCUCUACAUUAUCAUUUAAGUAUUUCCUUUCAAUGAGGUUUUAGGGUUCUACACGGGAUAAAUCCCAUGGAGUUUGAUAACAAGAGAGCCAUAUUUUGGACAGUACUACAAACUUCAGUAUAGAUAGAUUAAUUAUUUUAGUUGUAUGGACUGUAGUAAAGCUUCAGCAGUCUGGACUGGAUGAACAAUUCGGGUUUGAUAAUGUCGUGUAGAACUGACCAAGCUGUUGAUUACUUCACCUUGUCAUCAUCAAGUAACUUGCUGACUUUAAUUUCAAUAACAUUUUCCUGUAAAUAAAUAGUUUUAAACAAGGUGACUAUGAUGAACUUGAUUCCCCUUCUUUUUAUGUUAGAGAAAGCAAAAAUAUGAUUAAGUGCAAUUGUAAUAGGAAUGAGUUGGCAGUACUGUUUGCAGGUUACUGUUUCAAUCAAGAACUCUUCUGAUGUUUCAGCUGCUUGCGGAAUGUGCUGUUUAUACGUUGGGUCUCUACCUUAAAUUUCUACAUGUAUCAAAAAUAGACACAGAAGCACUUUUGUGUGAGUGUUGAUAAUGAGCAGAAAGACAUGGUAGCUGAUACGUGUUUUCUCUUCUACAAAUUCGUGUUUAGAAGAAUGAGUUACAAUCUUACAUUAGAAGAAUAUGAAGAAUAAAAGAGCUCUAGAGACUAUUUACAAAAUAAAGCCUGUUUGAAGAUAAGGGAGAUGCAUGAUCCACUGCCUGAAAGGUUCAGAUUUGUAUUGCCCACAUUGCAAGGGCAAGCCUAACUGUAAACUACAGUACAAUGAAGGAUGCCUUAAUUACUAUUCUUGAUUUUUAUAGAAGACUCUCAAUCAUAUGAAGGAUUUAGUGGUCACAGGGGACAGAGAUAAUGAGAAUAACUCUAACAGUCACCUUCACAGGGAAUUCCUGGGUCACGGGCAAGCCUCAAAACGUAGUGCCUUUUGCUGACACCUGCUGUUUCAAUACAUAUCCUGACACCGUGAUUGCCUUUUAUUAGAGUAUGCGGUCCACUCAGACUAGAUUUCAGUGGUCACUUCUCUUAAGGUAAGAUAAGUUUGGAAUAAUCUCUUUUGCUCAUGUGAGCACUUCUUUUCUUUUUUUUUUUACUUUAAAUUACAUUGUAUAUUCCAAAAAAUAUCUUAGAUAAUGUGGGCUGUUUUAUCAUAAUUUUGUGAAACUAAAAGAAGUAAACUAUGUAAUAAGCUAUUAUGAAAAAAUAUCUGAUUACCUGAAAUUUGAAAUAAACAAUUUCCUGUAGCCUUUUGAGUAGAGAA